GGCUGACAUUAGCCUGUGUGUGUGUGUGUAUGUGUGAUAUGGAGAGGCAGCGCUGUGUGGCGGGAGCACUCCUCUCUCCAGCCCGUUUCGGCUCUGCAGCUCCGGAUUUACCCCACAGCCAGGCGACGCGGCCGGGAAGGCUGCAGCGCUGCUCUCCGGCUCUGGAGGAGGAGAGCCUGUAAUGCGGACAGUCUGUUAGAGAUCAGCCGUUCGGUUCAGCCGUUUCCGCGGAGGAUGGAGUGAGACCUGCCCGCAGAACCGGAGCAGCCAGACGGCGGCGGCAGCGGCAGCAGCGGGGGGUUCGGAGCGUGCGUGUGAUUGUUGGUGUGGCUAAAUGCUCGGAGAUACGAUGACCCUGCUGUCUCUUCUGGGUCGGAUCAUGCGUUAUUUCUUGCUAAGACCGGAGACCUUGUUCCUGCUGUGCAUCAGCUUGGCUCUAUGGAGCUAUUUCUUCCACACGGACGAGGUGAAGACCAUCGUCAAGUCCAGCCGGGACGCGGUGAAGAUGGUGAAGGGGAAGGUGGCCGAGAUCAUGCAGAACGAUAAAUUCGGGGGUCUGGACGUGCUGGACGCCGAGUUCUCCAAGACCUGGGAGUUCAAGAGCAACAACGUGGCCGUGUACGCCAUCCAAGGCCGGAGGGAGCACAUGGAGGACCGCUUCGAGGUGCUCACAGACCUGGUCAACAAGAGCCACCCCUCCAUAUACGGGGUCUUCGACGGGCACGGUGGGGAGGCGGCUGCUGAAUACGUGAAGACCCACCUGCCGGAAGUUUUAAAGCAGCAGCUACAGACAUAUGAAAAAGAGAAGGAGAACAGUCUUUUGUCGUAUCAGUCCAUCCUAGAACAGCAGAUACUCAACGUAGACAAGGAGAUGCUAGAGAAGCUCUCUGCCUCCUAUGAUGAAGCAGGAACGACUUGCCUGGUGGCGCUCCUGUCCGAUAAGGAGCUGACUGUAGCCAAUGUUGGUGAUUCCCGAGGAGUUCUGUGUGAUAAAGAUGGUAACGCCAUCCCCCUGUCACAUGACCACAAGCCCUACCAGCUGAAGGAGCGCAAGAGGAUCAAGAGAGCAGGUGGCUUCAUCAGCUUCAACGGCUCGUGGCGCGUGCAGGGCAUCCUGGCCAUGUCCCGCUCGCUCGGCGACUACCCGCUGAAGAACCUCAACGUGCUCAUCCCAGACCCAGACGUUCUGACCUUCGACCUGGACAAGCUGCAGCCGGAGUUCAUGAUCCUGGCGUCGGACGGCCUGUGGGACGCCUUCAGCAACGAGGAGGCGGUGCGCUUCAUCAAGGAGCGCCUCGACGAGCCUCACUUCGGCGCCAAGAGCAUCGUCCUGCAGUCCUUCUACCGCGGCUGCCCGGACAACAUCACCGUCAUGGUGGUCAAGUUCAAAAAACGAGCCGCCAAAGCUGCCGAGCAGUGAGGCCUCGCGGCAAACACGAAUAUAUUAUCGGUUCAUAUUAAUGUAUGCAUAGAUUUCAGAUGUAAAAGGAAAAAAAAAAACGUUUCAUGACUAUUUUUGGAACAAGAACUGUUUCUUAUUGAAAUAACAGCAAAUAACAUAAAGCCAUUUCAGCCCGCAUUGCAUCAUUAAAAACACUUUCUUACACAGUUAAAUGGAAGAUAGCACUUUUAGACCCGGGGUACUGAUCAGUAAUGGGGUAACGCGCACAGCAAGGUCACUGAUAUUAUCCUGUUAUUCAUCAUGUCCAUGGUGUGUAGUGCUAUCUUGGCUACCGUGAUGGGUGUUCUGGGACAAGAAUGUAGAAAGUUAAGAGUAUAAGAUCGUCUACAGGAUAACGCAUGGUCACAUGGUCAAUUUCGCAGUGCUGAUCAGAUUAGCCUGUUCCACUGAGGUCAGAACUGAUGGGGGUUGCGCUGACGCAACAAAAUUAUUAUUAUUAUUAUUAUUAUUAUAUAUUUUUUUGUAUAUUGGUGGGACUUUUUUUCAUAAGUGUUUUGGUUUUGUGAGUCAGCACAGUUAUGUAGAAUGCAGAAUUGUUGUUUUAAAGGUUCCAUAUUCUUUGUUUCCUUCGUUUUAUUUUGGUAUAUCCGAAACACACAUGCACAUUGUUGCUGUCCAAAGAAAUCUCUUCGAAGUAGAGAAAUACUUUUUAGAAGUACGACAAAAAAAAAAACUCCAUGUAAAAAGGCGGUUAGAUGGUUGGGCCACUCUAGAGCUGUAAAGCUAAAGUACAUUUUUGAACGCGUUCUUUUACAAAAAGGUCAAUUUGCUCUGAAAUGUAUUUUUAUGUAGUGCAGUUUUACAGUUCUUGAGUGGCCCUGCAAGCAAAUUUCUUAGUGUGCUCUUAGCCUGGAAUCUGAAUUUAAAAAUAUAUAUAUUUAUAAAAAAAAAUGCAGUUUAUGAUUUGAGGCACAGAAUUUACUGUUGUUUUUGGGAGAGCUAAACUUGAAUUGUGAUCUACAAUAAAACUACAAUAAAAACGUGAUUCAGCAGAACCUAGAUAAAAAUAUCUUAACAUUUUAGGUUAACCUGAUUUGAAGUCAAUUAUAAAAAUGUAUUCUUACUUACACUAGUACUUAAAAUACUCCUUAAAAUAACUAAAAAAAACACUAGAGGAUAUGGGACCUUUAAGGCUGUAAUGGUUAAUUUUUUAUUUUUUAAAUGAGAGAGAGGAAAAAUUAGAAACAUUUCUCAGCACAGUGACAGUGACCAUUACGUGACCAUGAUGUGAGACACAUGUUGAGACCUGGUCAGCACACACUGGCAGUCAGAAAGAAUGUCUGAUAUGUGCAGAUGUGAUCUGCUGAUGUUUAUCAGAUGGUUGGGGUAUAUUUGAAGGAGCUACCUCUGAUUUUCUUUGGUGGUAAACCUCAAAAAAGUCACACUGUUCACCUGUACUUUCUCACACUAACAUUUGAUGAGUAGGUGAUCAACAAAAUUAUCAGAUUUAAAUAGAAUUGGGAAGUUGUUGGACUGUGUUGCAAGACCCAACCAAUAAGGGAGGUGUGUGGACAGCAGUAAAUAAUGUGAAAGCAGUUCAUUCUGAUUAUUUAGAAGUUUGUGGUGGUCCUCAAAGCCAGAGUAGGACCUACUAAAACUGUUACCAAUUGGUCAAAUGGUUCUUUGAGUGAUGCCAUAGAAGAACUACUAGAAUAACUAGUGAUGGUUCUCUUUAGACACUCACAUAUCUCCAUUAACACUGUUUUAGAUCUUAAUGGUGUCAAAAUUGGGUCUCCAAGGGAGUAUCUCAAAGAAUCAUUUAAAUCACCUUCAUUUUUCAGACUGUAAAUCUUCUAAAUUAUCUAAUUUUAGUUCUCUGUAUCAGUGAUCCUUACAAAAUACACUAUAUCGAGCCAUUCUUUUUGACUACCAGUGUAAAAAAGGGAUUUUUAGUUUUCAGUAUUUACAGAAUCCUCAUCAGCUACACACAUACAACAUAUCCACCAUAUUUACUCAUAUACUCAUUGCUCAGUUCAGGGUUUGUAAUGGCUUUACCCAUUCCUGCAUAUAGAAAUAGUACAGUGUAAACAGUAUACAGUCUGAUUAGAGUGCUAGAUUGUACAGUUAAGAUUGUUUUAUUGAAGGCGUGCCUCUGCACAGUGUAUUUUAGUGUAAAUUGUGUGCACUGGUGUGCUAGCACAGUUAGCCUAUGUUUGUUAGGUGUAGAUUUAAAGUGCAUACACUGAGGGAAUGGUUUAUUAAAUGCACAAACAAAGAUACUGGACUUGUACAUACCAGUAAGACCACAGCGAUUGAAGAAGGGGUGUGUUCAUAAUCUGGUCUUUGAAGUUUUUCUUACAGUUCUUUGUUUGUACUAAUCAUGCAUGUGCUAACCAUUCUAUACAGUGCAAAAAUGAAAUCCUGACAUUUGAAAACCUCUUAAAUCAAAUAUUAUAUACUUAUUUAAUAUAAUUCUAUCCAUAUAUAUCUUGUUUUAAGUUAUUUUCUAUAGUCAUCUAAUUUGGUCUGUUGUCCCAACCAAAAUUGUCUGCAUUAUUUCCUGAAACAAGCUAAAUUAUUUGCAUUAUUUUUUAAAACAAGAUAACCUAUCUACAUUAGUUUUUAAAACAAGCAAAUAUCCGCAUUAUUUCUUAACCAAUCAAAACAAAGGCCUUCUUUUUUUUUAAACAAGCUAAAUUUCAUGCAGUAUUUUUUGACACAAGCUAAAAUAUCUGUGUUAGUAUCUGACACAAGCUACAUAAUCUCAUAAAUUUUUAAAAUAAGCAAAAUUAUUCAUAAAAAAAUUCUUUAAACAAUUUAAAACAAUCUGGAAACAAUCUAAAAUAUCUGCAUUAUACUUAAAACAAGAUAAAUUAUUUGCAUUAUUUCCUGAAAUAAGCUAGAUUAUUAGCUAUAUUAUUAUAACCUUUUGAAGCAAGUUAAAAUAUCUGCAAUAUUUUUUGAACAAGCUAAAAUAUCUGCAUUGUUCUAAAACAAUCUAAAACCUCAGCAUUCUUUUUUUUAACAAGCUAAAUUGUCUGCAUUAUUUUCUGAAAGAGGUUUAAUGGUCUGCAUUAUGCAAAUAAUUGUUUUUUUGUUUUUAUAAAAUAUGUAUAUGUUUAUAUAAUUUCUUAAAACACAUAGUCUCUGCCUUUACAAUAAUAAAGCUUUUUGAUUUAAAAUGUAUGCUUUAAUAUUUAUGAUGUUUCGACUUGCCAAGAAAUCAUUUUUGCACUGAACUUUUGUAAAGGUUUUGGUAAAUCUGCCUUUUUCUUUGCCUCAUUCUGUGCAUUUCCCUACAAUUCAGCCAGUUACAUAUUGAAGGAGAUCCGUAGAUAGAUCAUUUCAGAAGCAAAGAUUGUUAACACUGCUACUGCAUCCAGCCCUAGUGUCAAUGUGGCCUUUAUUUUCAACUUGUUUGAAUCCCUGCAGCUGAUUUUAUCUAAUAACUGAAAUUGAUUACAAAGAGCCUUUGAAGAAAACAUGUUCUCGUUGCCUUAUUUUCAUUACAGAUGCUCUGCUCUCGUCAGUUCAUUUGCCAAAACACUUUUCCCCAUUAUAUACUGAGGCAACCAUGCACAUCAGAUGUAAAUAGGGUAUUUUGCAUAUUGACGUCUCUUGGAGACAGACUAAUAAAAUGAAUGUACAUACUCAGUAUCAUUAACCUCAAUACCAAUAAGAUAGAAAAAAGGUAAUGCAUCAGACUCUGGUUUAUUAAUAUCAGAAGAGAUUUAAUAGUUAAAGGUCUUCUUAUGUGUGAUUUAUUUUUGGUCUUUGGUUGUAUAUUCCUUCAGAAUACAGUAUGUGUUAUAGAAUGUUUAUGUGGAAUUUGUGUUUGUUUCAUUGAAUUAAAGAAACUGUAAAAAGAGAAAAUUCUGUGAAUUUAUGAAAAAUGAAAAUGUAACAAUAAAAAGUGCAAGGAUUAAAAUCUGAA